CAGCGGGGCGGGGCAGGGCUGGCGCUCUCCCGUUGGGGCGGGGCCAACAUCUGCUCGCCCAACGAAACCAGGCAGCUGCAGCGAGGCCAGGCGGCGGGCCGGCAGACUCCUGGCACACCUGCGCCCCUCGACCCCUGAGUCCGCCGGGCACCAUGAGCGGCCGAGUCGGGGACCUGAGCCCUCAGCAGCAGGAGGCGCUGGCCAGGUUCCGGGACAACCUCCAGGACCUGCUGCCCACCCUGCCCAAUGCUGAUGAGUACUUUUUCCUGCGCUGGCUCCGAGCUCGGAACUUUGACUUGCAGAAAUCUGAGGACAUGCUCCGGAAGCACAUGGAGUUCAGAAAGCAACAGGACCUGGACAACAUCCUUUCGUGGAAGCCCUCAGAGGUGAUCCAACUGUACGACUCUGGUGGUCUGAGCGGCUAUGACUACGAAGGCUGCCCCGUGUGGUUCGACAUCAUUGGGACCCUUGACCCCAAAGGUCUUCUCCUGUCAGCCUCCAAGCAGGAGCUUAUCCGGAAGCGCAUCAGGGUCUGUGAGCUGCUUUUGCGGGAGUGUGAGCUGCAGAGUCAGAAGUUGGGCAGGAAGAUUGAGACAGUGCUGAUGGUGUUUGACAUGGAGGGGCUCAGCCUGAAACACCUGUGGAAACCAGCUGUUGAGGUCUACCAGCAGUUUUUUGCCAUCCUGGAAGCAAAUUAUCCUGAGACGAUAAAGAAUUUAAUUGUCAUUCGUGCCCCCAAGCUGUUCCCGGUGGCCUUCAACUUGGUCAAAUUUUUCAUGAGUGAGGAAACGCAAAGGAAGAUAGUGAUUCUGGGAGGCAACUGGAAGCAGGAGCUGCCAAAGUUCGUCAGCCCCGACCAGCUGCCCGUGGAGUUUGGGGGGACCAUGACUGACCCUGAUGGCAACCCCAAGUGCCUGACCAAGAUCAAAUACGGGGGUGAUGUGCCCAAGAGCUACUACCUGCGUAACCAGGUGAAGACACAAUAUGAGCACACGGUGACCGUGGCCAGAGGCUCCUUCAUGCAGGUGGAGAACGAAAUCCUGUUCCCAGGCUGUGUGCUCAGGUGGCAGUUCGCAUCAGAAGGGGCAGACAUUGGCUUUGGGGUUUUCCUGAAGACCAAGAUGAGUGAACAGAAGCAGGCAGGGGACAUGGUGGAGGUGUUGCCCAUCCAACGCUGCAAAGCCCAUGUGGUCCCUGAGGACGGGAGCCUCACCUGCCUCAAGGCCGGCGUCUAUAUCCUGCGCUUUGACAACACCUAUAGCCUGAUGCACGCCAAGAAGGUCAGCUACACCGUGGAGGUGCUGCUCCCAGACAAGGCCUCCGAGGAGAAGCUUCAGGGUCUCUAGGCGAGGAGACCGUCCCCAGCGCAGUGAAGACCUUGGCUGCCUCUGUGCCUGUGCUUUUCAACCCCGUAGCUCUCCCUCCCUGUGCCCUGCCCUCCCAGGCACAGGGGCAGAGCAGGAAGGGGACACCCAGUCUGUCGGCCACACUGAGGAUUCAGACAGGCUCCUGAUCCCCUGUUUUCGGAGACCAAGGACACUUGUCCCGGGACUCACCAACACCUAGCAAUCUGGCCUGGGAGCAUGUGCCUGUGCCCCGGGCCAUACAGGGAGAGCAAAGCAUCAAGUCUGAAAGAGCAAGGAUGCCCCCGUCUCUGUACCUGGGGACUCAGUGGAUGGGGAUAGGGGCAGCUGGAGGUGGCCUGGUGAAAGGAUGGAGCCAGCUAAGUGAUAAAGUGGAGGGUCUUGGUUGUGGGAGGGCACCAAGGCCCUUUAGACUUGCCCUCCUGCCUUUGGAGGGAAGAUCAGGAAUGGAGCAUGAGGCCCAGCAGGGAUAAUCAUGGCCAGGACAAGCCAUGCUCGGUCACCCAGAGCUAGAUGGGUGAAGACUAAAUCUAUCAGAAUUCUCAGUGACCCUGGCCUCCCUCUCACCACCUGCCAUGAUCCAGCUGAUAUUCAGCUUGGGUUCUUUUUGGCUCUGAGGAAGGACUAGGACCAUAGCAGAGCUGGAGGGCCAUGGAACAUGCUGGAAUAAAGUAGAAUGUGCUGAGUUAGAGCUGCCAGUCCCCAGCGUGCUUAUCCUCGACUCUCAUUUGCUUCUUGGAGAACCAUCGAGUUUUCUUCCAUCUUUGUGUCUCGCUAGAGGGACAGCUAAGGGUUGUCUGUCAACAGCCCACUACCCCACCCCAAAUGCGACUCUGUAGCUGGCUGGUGAUGGCUGGUGAUGCCUCCCACAUCCCACAGUCAGGAUCAUCGUGUGCUUGAAUGAACGCCCAGUAUGAAUCAGCACAGUCGCUGAGUGGUCAGAUGUCCCUGUUAUAGGGGUCCUUGGUGCAAAGGAUUAGCAUCAUGGCUGCCAAGAUAUUUACCAGAGGCAGGAAGCCUCAGCUAACACCAACAUCCAGGUGCUCUGCAAACAAGAAGCCAGCUUGGGCCCCUUUCUUGCUCUCAGAUUCUGUGAUUUCAUUUUUUUCCAGUUAAUAGCUUUCCUGAUUUCCCAGGGCCUCUUCUUCCCAGGCAAGAAAAGAAUGAGGCUUGAGAAGGCGGGGGUCUUCAGGUGAGCUAUUUGAUGUCCUUGGGGCCCCAGACCCUCCACCUGUGGCAGGCUCCAUCAUCCAUGGUCCAGCACACAGUCUGAAACAGGGGCUCUGCUGCUAUAGAAAGCCAAUGAACUCAGAAACACAAUUUAAAGCCAAUGCAUGGAGGCAUGGCUGAUCCAACAGCGUAGGAGGAGUUUGACGAGAAAAAAUCUGGUCCUGCCAGCGCCAAGGAGAGAGGGCCAGGGCUGCUGGGUGAAAAUCAUAUGACAUCCUUGUGUCCAAGGGGUGCUCCUGCCUCCCCACUGCAAUGGGGUCUCCCACCACCACCCUACGGCACGCUGUGGCCCCCCUCCGCGAACCCAGAGGCACUUGGGCAUUUCAGAGCCAUCUUACUGCAGCACAAGCUAGAGAGGGUGUGGCUGGCUGCAGUUGUAAGGGUCCAGGUCAGGUUUCCCUGGGCCCACCCCAUGUCAUGAUGAGGGAGCUCACAGAGCCUCAUUUCAGCCUCACAUCCCCAGCCGAAAAACAAGGGGUUCAUGGAUUUGAACCUGAUUCUUGCUUUUCCAACCACCCACAGCAAAUUUCCCACAAUGUGUUUGCACAGCCUUCUCUGGUUUCCUUGCAAGUAGCAGAUUGGUCCUUGUACAAGGGUUUAAUUUACACAAAUAUGGGCCGCCUGGGGAGUGGCAAGGAAUGGAGGGCUCAGGGGUUGGGUGUGGACACCAGUGACCUUGAAUCUCAGAGCUGGUAGAGUGUACUGCAUGUGAACCUGUGAGUACGGUGGUCACCUUGGGAAAUGAGGACAGGAUGUCCUGUCCAGCAAGGUGGACAGGGAGCUUGUCCUCAGCAACUCCAUCCCUCACUCGACACCAUCACCUCUUUACCAAAAAAAAAAGGGGGGGGAGGGAGGGGAGUAGCCCAGAGAGGGGCUGGCUCCCCUGAGGUUUGUUUCUUCCUUCUAGUCACUCAUCAAUGUUUAUUGAGUGCCUAGCACCAGGCCCUGCAGGCCCUGGGCACACAGGGUGCUGGGCUUACCCCUGUCUGCUGGCAGAAAGCUUACCUGCACCAAGGGAGGCUGAAGUGAUUCUCAUGGGCAUUAUCAAGUGGGCAGCUCAGUGGGGCAGGAGGCAAAUUCUGGGGGAGUAUCCAGCAAAAAAACAAAAAAAAACCUGAUGGGGUAUCAGACGUGCUUUGCCAAAGGCAGGGACCCCUGAAGGGGAGCUGAAGGUGUAGGCGAGCCUUCCAGACAGAGGAAUGAAGUGAGAACAGCUGUAGUGUGUUUGAAGCUAGAGGAAAGCCAGAAGGGCCCUUGGGUGACGCUGGAAAUGGGUCACCGAUGUUUGCUGUUUCUUUGUGAAUGACUGUGUACACAUUAGGUACAUUAGUUAAUAAGACUAUUUCAUAAUGGAGGUUACAAAACAGAGAUUUGUUGUUUGUCAAGAAAGAGUGGCAAAAGCUUGGCAGGAAGCCAUGGAUCAAAGCUCUUGCUCAAAAUGAGGUGGUUGGAAAUAGCCAGGCCUUCCCUGUCCAGAGGCGUGGAGGCAGGGCCUUCCUUUCCCAGGGCCCAUCUCCUAACUGGAAUCCUAACAAUAUUCCAGGGGAAGCGGGGAAAUAAGCUGGGGAGGGGGGAGGUGUUAUGUAUAGGGUUUUUUGAGGACAGUUGGGAAGGCUUUCCUGCCCCUCAAAUCUCUAAGUCAGUUCAGCUCACCUUCCAAGAGCCCAGGCCAAAAGGGACCCCAGUGUGGGACAAUCACAGCUUCACAAUUACUAGAGCAAGUCUUCGGCACUCCAGGGCUUGGCAGGCCACAGUAGGACUCCUUCCGUGAAACCCCGAAACAGACGGAAACCCCAGAAACUAGCGAGGAUGCCAAGGCUGUUAGAGGGAGUGCCGUGGCCAAAGGCUCAGUGUCUAAUGGCAGGGGUGGAGCCAGCACCCAGGUUAGCUGCCAGCAGUACCCCUGCCCUGCCUUUCAGAGGACGACAAGGUCAGUGUGGGCAGGUGGGCGCCGCCAGAGAGGGCAAGCCUGGGACAGAGAGGGGCACUGGCCUGGGUCUGAGGAAGCCACCUUUCUGUGGGAUGGACCAGGCUCUUCUCCGUGGGCCAGGACAAGCUGAUGCAGGAAGCAUCACGCCCUCUUUACCAAGGAGGGUGAGGCCUGGGGCAGGAAGUGACUUGUCAGGACACCCAAUGUAAAGGGGGGAAGGUAGGAUGUGAAGAGGGGUUCAUCUAUCCAGACAGCCCAGGUGCUAAAUGAGCACAUUGGGUGGGCAGGCUUCAGGCUUGGUGACUUUAGAGAGGAGGGGGCAGCCAUAGGCUUGGGCAGGGUGGCGCUCCACUGUCUGCGACCUCUGCUCUCAGCCACCAGGGGGCGGUGUUGAUAGUACGUCUCUCUCCCUGCCCCAGAAAUGUGAACAGGACCCCUCCGAGAUCUGGCUGGUGAAGGGUGGAUUUGCAGGUGGCUUGAGGCGAAGUUCACUGGGCCCAGGCUCCCUGUGGGCCCAUGCGGAGCAGCUGAAAGAGGUGGUCCCACCUGGGUUCAGAUCCUGGUUCUGCCCCUUGCUGGUUUUCUCUCUAGAUCCCUGUAGACUCCAUCCUCCAUCCUUCGGCUGCCAUAAUCCGUCAUCUCUUGCUUGGGUUAUUAGAAAGGUGUCCAUGAGUCAGUCUCCCUGUGCCUGUUCCUACCGCCUCCCAGGAGGCUCCACGGGGCAGCCAGAAAAAGCCUUUCUGAAAUGAAAAUCUGAUCAUCACUUCCUGUGGGAGCCCUUCCCUGGCUCCUCAUUUCCUCCCCGGGAAAGUUCAGUUUUCACUAGUGGCUUAUAAGGCCCUCUGUGACCUGCUUAUGACACCCGCAUUGCAGCUUCACCCAACGACCUGAACUCACCAAUUCAUCAGACUCCUUCCUGCCUCCCUGCUUUUAUUCAUGCUGUACCUUCAGUCUGGGACUCCCUUCCCAGUCUUGCUCUGUGCACCCUCGAGGCUCCCAGAGACCUCUUUCCCUAGCCAAGCCCCCUUCCCCAGUCCCUAGCAGAGUAAGAGUCUUGUCUCCAUGCUCUUGUUGCAAGGGGCCCAGUGUUUAUCAUGAGAGUCAUCAUCUGUCUCGUGUCUGUCUCUUACUCCCCACUGGCUACCAGGCCAGGCUACACUCCCCAGAUGUUCAAUAAAGCCUUG